AAUUUUCGAAUGUGGGGUUUUUAAUAUAAUCCCCCCCUUUUGGAUCUUGUGUUCAGAGCAGUAGAGUUCACCAUUUUAUAAGCUGAAAGAUCCCCUCACUAUGCAUUGAGAAUGGACAGUGUUUCUUUAAGAGCUAUUCGAAGACCAGACCGUAACCAUCUUCAAUCUAGAGAUGGUAAGGAAGAUUUCCUUGCAAGUGGGAAGUUAUACCACGACUCCCCAAUGAGGAUUAUAUGGAAAAGGGGCUUCAUUCGGUUGGUUCUUGUGGCCGGAAUUAUUUGGGGGAUGCUCAUUCUAACCGCAUUGUUAUUUCAUGCUUGGUCUUGCCAGUCUUCUAUUGCUUUCUUUUCAGCCCUUUGUAACAAAAGCAGUAAAAUAUAUGAAGUUAUUCAGAGUAUGGGACUUGUGACACCUCCACAUCGUUGUCAUAUUCCUGUAGCAGAUGAUCCAAAUGAGAUUGUUAUUCCUAAAAGGAGAUCUCCGGAAAAGUAUGUGCAAUCUCUUUCUUACUUUAUGGAGGAUGUGACAGCAACCAACGGAUCUCAGUCGUCGCCUCUGUUUGGAGGAAAUAUAACAUGGAAACAGAGAGAUGAGAGCUUUAAAGUAAAACCAAACAUGAAGGUGCACUGUGGCUUUAUACGAAAUGGUGGUGCAGAAAUGGCUCAGAAAGACAUCAAAUAUGUCAAGAAGUGCCGGUUUGUUGUUGCCUCUGGUAUUUUUGAUGGAUAUGAUACACCUCACCAGCCGUCAAAUAUAAGUGCACGUUCUCAGAAGCUCUUUUGCUUUCUUAUGGUUGUCGAUGAAGUAUCCCUUGAGUUCAUCAAGAAAAAUGUUACGGUUAGAGAGGACAAUGAAGGGGGAGAAUGGGUUGGUAUUUGGCGCUUGAUUCUAUUGAAGCAUCCUCCGUAUGAUGAGCCUAGAAGGAAUGGAAAAGUUCCCNUUUUUCCUUUUGAUUCCAGAUACUUGUGGCGUGAGAAGAAUACGUUUGCAAUUGCUCAGCACAAGCAUCACCGCAAUGUGUACGAAGAGGCUGAUGCAAACAAAAGGAGAAAGCGAUAUGCUCGUCCUCUGAUUGAUCUUCAUAUGAAGAUAUAUCGCUACGAGGGAAUGGAACCAUGGAAUCCAAAGAAAAGCACUCCUAGUGAUGUUCCAGAAGGAGCCGUUAUCAUACGAGAACAUACUGCGCUGAGUAAUUUGUUUAGUUGCUUGUGGUUCAAUGAAGUUCACCUCUUCACACCGAGAGAUCAGCUGAGCUUUGGGUAUGUUGUCUAUAGGUUAGGAGGCUUGUUCAAAUUUUUCAUGUUUCCUAAUUGUGAGUAUAACUCCGUCUUUAUUUUGCACAAUCAUACCCGCGAACAUUCAUCCAAAGUAGAGUGGGUAAAAUCUUUGGAUGAAUUUAAGAAGAAAACUGGUUUGAAAGAGAGUAGGGGAGGAUUAGGGUUGUGGACUCCUUAUCCGGGGAAUCUGGAUUCGGUUGUAUUACCAUCUGUAAAGAGAACUUCAAAAGCUGGAUGAGAAUGGAGUUAUAUUUCUAUUUCACAUUUUUGGUUUUGGCAACUUCUUGGGAGUUAGUAGUGUUGCCUGCCCACCCAAUUAUGAAGAACAAUGUAAUGCAUUGUAUUAUCCUUCAUCAGUUUUGAGGCUUUCUUUGGAGUUCCUCGA